AAAUCUCCCUGGAGUAGCCUGAGCCAAGUGCCCCAAGGCCCCUGCUCCCCUGGGAUGAUCAGGGAUGCUGUCCUGGGAGGCAGCAUUUGGAUUGGUCCUUGAAGGAUGCAGGGUGGGCAUAGAGAUCUGGGAAGAGAUUUUGUGUGGAGUGGAGAGGGGCUCGGGUUAGGGGGAAUAGGAUGGGCAGUAGGAGAUGCCUUGGCCUGCCGCAAGCUCUGCUCUGGUUCUGGGGACUGAGAGAAAUGCCAGGCCUUUUACCCAUAAUACAUUUACUUCUUAAGAUUCCUGUAAGGUAGGUGUGAAAACCCGAGGUGAAAUAACCUGCAUGCGUUCAUCCCUAAUCAGUUCAGCUGGGAUUUACACUUGAGCUGAUGCCUCCAGAACUCCUUCCACUGUUCUUGGUGCUGCUCUUGGAAGAAUUUAGGCAGAGCGGGGACAAGAUCAGUUUUGCCCUUUAGAAAGAGUCCUCUGGCAGCUGUGUGUAGGAGGGAGUGCAGGGGGAAAAGGCCAGUAAGGAGCCCCCAGCAAGGGUGCUGGCAAGAGGGGCUACUGAAAGCUUUAGGGGGUAAAUGGGUUGGUAUAGGAGCCUCUGAGACCAAAAGAGAAGGGUGGAAUGUUCUUAGCUUUAGGAAGGACAUAGGCAGGGAGGGGUUGAGUGGUCAUGGGGUUGGAGGGAUCUGCCCAUGCAAACCCCAGAUAUAGUUCAUUUGCCCCUUUGCGACCAUCAAUACUGUGCAUAAUGCCCCAGGCACUGAAGGUUGAUGGUACAGAGAGGCAGAAUUGGGCAACCUGUCAUCUCAGGUGCUCGAGCUGAUGCCAUGAGGCUGCCUAUGCAGACCACACUCAGCUACCUGGGCCAGUUCAGGACCCGGACCCAUACACGAAGCUCAAACCCUUCCUCUGGGCUCAGUUUCUGCCUGUCAGGGAAACAUAUGCCCCUCUUUGUCCUGCCAGCUCCCUGCUGGGGUUUUGAGAAAAGAAGCUGCAGCAGUCCAAACUUGGGAGAGGCAAGGGGCAGGGAACAUUUGCAUGGGGUUGAUCAUGACAGGUUAGAAAUGGCAAUUCACUCUUUGGGGAACGAGGCCCCAGGGAGAGCUGCUGUGAGUUGACAAUCAAAGAUUCCCCAGGUAGAGCAGGAGAUGGUCCCAGGAGACAGUCCUGGGAACACCUCAUUUCCAACUAGGUCUCUGGGCAUUGAGCUUGUCUGGAGACCACACACAUUCCAGGGAAAUAGUGGGGCAGAGUGGCAUACAAUCAGCCCCAACCUAUGGCAGGUUCUUCUUCCCUGAAUCUCAGAGAAGGUAGUACUGCAUGUUUGUAACGCACCGUACAGCUCAUAAAGCACCUUCGCAAACAUUAUCCUCUGUCACUGUCAUGAUCAAUGUGAUCACUUCUGAAGUUUGCUCCUGCCCACAUCCAGGCAUCUGGUGUAGCCCCCUUGCCUAGAUCUCUAAUCUCACUAUUGGCACCUUCCUUCACCAUAUCAACAUACUCAGGUUUCUACCAUGCUUAAUUUAAAAUUAGAAAAGAGUCUUUGGAUCCCAAACCACCUUAAACUACUGUCUUCUCUGGCCUUCUCUUUUAGCAGAGAACUCUCCCGUCUUUGCCUCCAGAUCCGUCUACUCCUCUAGUCUGGCUUUGCUAUUCACCACUUUUCUGAAGCCAUUCUCUCAUAGACACCAGUGAGGUUUCCACCUGCCAAAUCCAGGAUACACCUUCCAAUCCCAAUUUUACCUGGCCUCUUUUUACUACUGGGAGCUGCUCCCACAUUCUCGAAGCCCCCCAGCUUGGUUUGCAGGGCCUGUCUUCUUCUGGCCUCCGUCUUGAGUCCACACUGCCUCCCAGACUUCCGGGGCUCUGCUCCCCCUAGCUCGAUGCUGGGCUCCACCCACACCACCCUUGAAUGCUGACCACCCCAGUCUCUCUUUCCAUCCAGUAGGUGAGAGAGAUCUUUCUCUGGUCCUUCCCAAAGUACCUGUUUCCCCAAACAGUCUCCCUCUGUUUUGUUAAGGGUGUCACAUCCACCCUGAUGCCCCAGCUGAGAUUCCUCCCUUGCCCCCACCAUUGAACCCCAUCUCUAUGAAGUUUUGCCUUUUCUUCCUCCCAACCCUGCCCAGGCCUUCCCACUGGUUUCAGGCUUCAAGCUACUCAGCCUUCAUCCUUCUAGUCCCCAGCUGCUCCCUACACUGGACCCAAGGAUGCUGAGAAGGGGGUCAUGCUUAGGGUGGGAGGGGGAUUUUUGAGUUGAAGGGUAGCUGGGCUGGAGUAUGUGGGGAGUGGGGGCAGUGCAGGAACUAGAGUGAGGCAUGAGAGGUAAGAAGGCACUCACUCUCAGGGUCCUGCAUUUACUGAUACUGCACUUAAAUUACUCACUAGGUGCAUCCCUGGCCUCACCCUAGUCUCAGCCCUGCAUGUGUGGACAGACUGGCUCUAGGGAGGGAGGUGGUACAGUACUCUUCUCCACCCCUGGGGGGCAGAUGCUGAGAGAAUGGAAUUUUACAAAGGCAGUGGGGACUGGCUUGGUGGUGAACUUCCCAACCACUUAAAGCUGUAAUUCCAGGUGUGGUAGCCAAAAGACUCCUGAAGGGCAAGAUUUUUGUCAGGAUCCCCUGGUCUGGGGCCUAAUAGCAAGCGCACGGCAUGAGAAUAGGCAUCUGGGUAGAAGACAGUCUGAGGGGCACUGAGGUGCCACCUGGACCCCUUCAUCUUCGUAGAGAAGGAGGGCUCCUUGCCUGGUUUCUCAUGGGAGUAGAGGGUAAAAGCCUGAAGGGUGCCCCUGCCACCUCUGACAAACGUAUUUGAGGGUCAACAUCCACGGCUGGCACUGCCUGGUGCCUUUGCCUCGCUAGAUUAUGCGGAUCUCUGGGGCAGGUGUUUCCAGGUGUGGAUUUGAGACAAAAGAACCAGGAAGCGGGGCCUCCCAGAGCACAGAGGAGAAAACUGCAGUCCGGGAUGGCUCAGUCGGCCCGUCCAAAGUCGCACAGCUGGUUCGGGCCGAGCCCCGACUGCGAGAGUGAGGCACAUGGCCCCUGCAGACCGGGCCUCGGAGGGUCCCAAGCUUGAGGACCCGUCGGCCCCCCACCCCCUUGGAAAGUGCCCCCUUGGCUUAGUCAUGGCGAAGCUGGAGACACUACCUGUGCGUGCUGACCCAGGGCGGGAUCCUCUCCUGGCCUUUGCCCCUCGGCCCUCUGAGCUCGGACCCCCAGACCCUCGCCUGGCCAUGGGCAGUGUGGGCAGUGGGGUGGCCCAUGCCCAGGAGUUUGCCAUGAAGAGUGUGGGCACCCGCACAGGGGGUGGGGGCAGCCAGGGCAGUUUCCCCGGCCCCCGCAGCAGUGGUGGUGGGGCGAGCAGGGAGAGGCCAGGCCGCUACCCCUCAGAAGACAAGGCUCUCGCCAACUCCCUCUACCUCAACGGCGAGCUGCGGGGCAGUGACCACACUGAUGUCUGCGGCAAUGUGGUGGGCAGCAGUGGUGGCAGUAGCAGCAGCGGUGGCAGUGACAAGGCCCCACCACAGUAUCGUGAGCCCAGCCAUCCGCCUAAGCUCCUGGCCACCUCUGGCAAGCUAGACCAGUGCUCAGAGCCGCUAGUUCGGCCUUCAGCCUUCAAGCCCGUUGUACCCAAGAACUUCCACUCCAUGCAGAACUUGUGCCCCCCGCAAACCAAUGGUACUCCUGAGGGGCGACAGGGUCCUGGUGGUCUCAAGGGCGGACUAGACAAGUCUCGGACCAUGACCCCAGCGGGCGGGGGAGGGGGCGGCCUCUCAGACUCCGGCCGGAACUCACUCACAAGCCUGCCCACCUACAGCUCCAGCUAUAGCCAGCACCUGGCGCCCCUCAGUGCCUCCACCAGCCACAUCAACCGCAUCGGCACUGCCAGCUACGGUGGUGGCAGCGGCGGCAGCAGCGGUGGUGGCUCGGGCUACCAGGACCUGGGAACCUCCGACAGUGGGCGGGCCUCCAGCAAGAGUGGGUCGUCCUCCUCCAUGGGUCGGCCAGGCCACCUGGGGUCUGGGGAGGGUGGAGGUGGAGGCCUGCCCUUCGCGGCCUGCUCACCACCCUCGCCCAGUGCUCUGAUCCAGGAGCUAGAGGAGCGGCUGUGGGAGAAGGAGCAGGAGGUGGCAGCCCUGCGGCGGAGCCUGGAACAGAGCGAGGCCGCGGUGGCCCAGGUGCUGGAGGAGCGGCAGAAGGCGUGGGAGCGCGAGCUGGCUGAGCUGCGGCAGGGCUGCAGUGGGAAGCUGCAGCAGGUGGCCCGCCGCGCCCAGCGCGCCCAGCAGGGCCUACAGCUGCAGGUGCUGCGACUGCAGCAGGACAAGAAGCAGCUGCAGGAGGAGGCAGCCCGGCUGAUGCGGCAGCGGGAAGAGCUUGAGGACAAGGUGGCCGCCUGCCAGAAGGAGCAGGCUGACUUCCUGCCCCGGAUGGAGGAAACUAAGUGGGAGGUGUGCCAGAAGGCAGGGGAGAUCUCCCUCCUGAAGCAGCAGCUGAAGGACUCGCAGGCCGACGUGUCCCAGAAGCUGAGCGAGAUCGUGGGGCUGCGCUCGCAGCUGCGGGAGGGCCGGGCCUCGCUGCGGGAGAAGGAGGAGCAGCUGCUCAGCCUGAGGGACUCCUUCGGCAGCAAACAGGCCAGCCUGGAGCUGGGUGAGGCCGAGCUGCCCGCGGCCUGCCUCAAACCUGCGCUGACCCCCGUGGACCCGGCGGAGCCCCAGGAUGCCCUGGCCACGUGCGAGAGCGACGAGGCCAAGAUGCGCCGGCAGGCCGGGGUGGCCGCCGCCGCCUCGUUGGUUUCCUUGGACGGGGAGGCGGAUGCUGGCGGGGAGAGCGGGACGCGGGCCCUGCGGCGGGAGGUGGGGAGGCUGCAGGCCGAGCUGGCGGCCGAGCGGCGAGCCCGGGAGCGCCAGGGAGCCAGCUUCGCGGAGGAGCGCCGCGUGUGGCUGGAGGAGAAGGAGAAGGUCAUCGAGUACCAGAAGCAGCUGCAGCUGAGUUACGUGGAGAUGUACCAGCGCAACCAGCAGCUGGAGCGGCGGCUGCGGGAGCGCGGGGCUGCGGGGGGUGCCAGCACACCCACCCCACAACACGGCGAGGAGAAGAAAGCCUGGACGCCCUCCCGCCUCGAGCGCAUUGAGUCCACAGAAAUCUGAACCCCACCCCCCCCACCACCACCACCACCAACAUGGGCAUGUGGCCUUUUGACAAAUGCCCUGUCAAAGGCCAGAGUCCACAGUGUCUCCUCCCCACCUUCUCUCUUCCCCAUGUCCCCCAUGUCCCCAGACCAAAGAGGUUCUCAAAGCAGCUGUGACCAGACCCCUCCCCUCCCCCCACUGGGGGCCCUCCGGGCCCUAUGGCUGGGCAACCCACUCGGACCCUCCUCCCAAGGAGGGGAUAGAGGGAGGCAGAAUGAGUGGGGGUUGAGGGGCCCAGGCAGCAGGGGAGCCCAUGCUCCCCUUAUUAGUGCUGCUUUGUUAGAGAUGGAGAUAGCAGGCCUGAAGUGCCAUGAGGUGCCCCAGUCCCUUGGUAGGUCUGGGCUCCUACUGUUGGCCACCCCGGUGUCCAGUGAUGCUCUCUGUGGUCACCUCCUAGGCCAUGUAGCCUGAGAGGGCCUGCAUGGGAUCUGCUGAAGCUGACAGACCUUGGGCUCCUGGCCUCUCUCCUUCCUGCUCUAUUACCCCUCCCUGGGCAGAUUGGCAGGACAAAUGGGAGCAGAUGGCCUGUCUGUGGUUGAGAGGGCUACUUGCCCAGCCCCUCCCCCGCCAAGGUCUCUUGGGCUUAGGCCUCAGAGCCUGGCCUGGUCCUGAGUGUAUGUCUGUAUGUGCGUAUCAGGCCGGAGGGGAGGCUGGGGUGGAGGUUCAGUGCCCGGGGAAGAUCUGCCCUCCUGUACUUGGGAAGGUUCGCCUGGAGGCUUUUUAGCUCUACCCCACCCUUCUGGCCAGGAUCCCACAGGGUGAUAGCCCCAUCUGCUUGGCUCACCCCACACCCAGGGCCACUGUCCGGCUCUAACUACAGCUAGUAAGUGCUACCUGCCUCUCAGGCACUCCCCUCACCCAGUUUCUGAGGUCAUAUGAGUGUCUGUGAUGUCUUCCUGUGUCUUCUCCCACUCGAUUCCCCCAGCCUCCCUCUGCUUUCACGCUCAGAACAUCAUUGUCCUAGGCCGCCUCUUCCCCCAAACCUCACCUUUUCUUCCAGUAGAAAAUUCUGCUUGAUCUUUGGUGCACUGCCCACUUCCAAGCUCCAAUGGGCCCAAGCCUGAGCCAGAGGCCUUUGUUUUGGGGGGCGAGGGGGAUGGUUGUGAUUGCCCUUGAAGGACAAAGCUGACCUGAGAGGAAUACUGACCCCUGAGUUCCCAGGACCCUGGGUUUGCCCAGGGUAGGCCUGCAUGGCCAUCAGUGGGGGCUGGGACAGCAAUGUCACUUCCCUCUUGGUAUCCUCUCAGAGUCUAUCUCCGCAAGACAGGAAGGGAAAGGCAAAUUUCUAAUUCACCAGCAAUAAAAAUUAGAGGAGGCUUGGCCCUCAACCCUGUAUUUCUCUCUUUUCACUCUCUUCCUCCCACCCCCAAGACUGGGUUUGGAGGGCAGGGUGGAGAGAGCUGGCAACUACUGUGAGCAAGUUCCCCAACCCCUGACCAGCCUCCUCCCAUGACUGGUGACUGUUUAAUGAGCUGUGCGACCCCCACAAAAACAAGAGUGCCCCUCUGUGUGGCCUCUGUCCCUCUGCACAGCCCCUUCCCGGUGACCCUCACCAGAUCUCUGAACUGGUUGGGGGAGCCAUCCUGGUAAUCACUGCCCAUUCCACUCACCCCUCACUGCACCUGCCCCAGAACCUGGGCCUAGGCCAGAGGGGCAGGGGGAAGAGAAGGCAUUAGUAGGAAAAAAAUAGAAAAAAAAAAAAAAUGAACAGACUCAGCUUUGGGACUUCCAACCACAAAAGAAAUUAUAUAUAAAUAUAUAUAAAUAUAUAUCUCUACCAUAUGUGAUGGAAAGACUUCGUUUUCUUUUCCCAAAGAAAUAAAAUGCAGAAAGCCUCUUGAGUGGCA